AAAGACGGCUAUUGCUGACGGUCCAAUUAGUAUUCAUGGUAAGAAUCUGUUUAUUUGGGAUCUUCAUUUGAUGUGAUGGUUUUAUAAAGACAGGAAACGUACUGGCUAAGUUUACCGGAGCACCGUGUGUUGUUGUCUUGCUUACACAACAGGACCUUCUUAAGACCAGAGCCUGUACUUCUCAAGUCAUUAGGUACUCCCCAGUUUGGGAUUUUUCUUUACAACGUCGCGAGUUAUUUGUAUUGUUUUAUUAUCUAUUUCGUUAAAAUGAUACAGGCAGACAAUGUGUACAGCAUACUGACAAUAACAUUGUGAAUUCAUUGAUGGAUUCGUCUUCAUAAUUGACAUUGGGAUGUAAUAUAGACCAAAGUUUCACAUCUAUGGAUUUCACAUGUUACAUUAUAGCAAUGUAUAGGGCACCAGUUCUGCACUGAUGAUAUCCAUUUCUUAGAAACACAAAACAAAACUUUUUUUUUUUUUUUCCAAAGCUUUUUUGGGAUAUUUAUAAUUUAUUUGGAUUUAUUUGGCAGUGCUUUAAGAAAAGGGGAUUUUUUUUUGUAUUCGCGUUUCAUCUGUUGAUAAAACAUGGAACACACCGGGAUAGAACAAGUGAACCAGACUCACCAACAGCACGAACCCAUCAGCUUUGGAAUCGAUCAGAUAUUGAACAACACCGACCAGCAAGCAGGUUGCAUGCUGCCAAGCCGGACAAGCGAAGCGGAUUACCAGUUGGCCAGCAAUGUCUAUGCCAAUGGCUACAACAGUGUGUAUAACCCGGCCUGCUCCAUGGCAGCAGGGUUAGCAGGGUCUUAUAACGUGAACAUGAACAUGAAUGUUAGCAUGAAUAUGAAUGUUAACGUGAACCCCGGGGGUGCAGGCGGAGUAAUUAGGGUACCAGCCCACAGGCCAAUGGCCCCAGCGCCCCAUCCGCCUCCCCCGACCCACCCGCCAGGCAUCUCCGCGGGGGUGCCCACAGUGCCAUCUGUACCCAGUAUGGGCAACGCGGCGAACUUUACAUUCCCCUGGAUGGAGAGCAGUCGAAGAUUUGCAAAGGAUAGGCUCACAGCGGAUCAGACUGUGGAAGGACAAGUUGGAGGUCACUCAACGAGAGCAGUGGCUGCAUCCCUGGCUAGCCUCCAGUCUGCUCCAGCAGCGGAGCUCUGCAGGGCAUCCACCUGGAGUUCUGUGAACACUUUAGCCAAACACUAUUAUCCACAGCUUGCAUUUGGAGACAGUCCGCUAUUGGACUUUCCAUUUCACAAGGGUGGUCAUCCAGCGGCCUUGUCUCCAUUUUCAGUGACCAGGAGGAUUGGACACCCCUAUCAAAACCGGACCCCGCCCAAGAGGAAAAAGCCCAGGACCUCGUUCAGUCGAGUCCAGAUCUGUGAGCUGGAGAAGCGCUUCCAUCGACAAAAAUACCUGGCUUCGGCAGAGCGGGCCACCCUGGCCAAGGCACUGAAAAUGACUGAUGCACAAGUCAAGACCUGGUUCCAGAACAGGAGAACAAAGUGGCGGAGACAGACAGCAGAGGAGCGGGAAUCGGAGAGGCAGCAGGCAAACAGGUUGAUGCUGCAGCUGCAACAGGAGGCUUUUCAGAAGACCCUGAGCCAACCAAUGCAGCAGGACCCUCUCUGCUUGCACAACUCCUCCCUGUACGCCCUGCAGAAUCUCCAGCCCUGGGCAGAAGACCACACGGUCACCUCCGUCACAAACAUGGCCUCAGUCGUCUGAGGAAGUCAUAGAAAAUAAGAACAAGACCAGCACAGACUGAGACUGAGAAGAGCACAGGCUCCAGAUACGCUGCCAUUGGGAAUAGUUGAUCGGAAAGAGUAGGUCUCUUCAUUUCUGAAAGGAACUGUUGUAAGCAACUGAAGGUCUUAAUAUAAUAUGAGUCUCUUUCUUCUAAGAGCUGUGAUUCACUGAACUGGCUGAAACUUCAGGGUUCAGUCUCAUGAGCACCAGAAUGUUUGUCUGCAAAACUGCAACAACAUUCUAAAGAAAUAUGACUUUUAAUGAACUCAAUUGUUUUACUAUCCUUACUUCCGUAUUUUUAUAAUGCUGAUUAACUCAACAGUCAGGCAUUGCAUUAAUGUUGUCAAACAACAAUAACAAAAGAAUGAACGGAAGCAAGUCAUUUCAAUUCAGCUCUUGUUGUCACCGUGGAUUUUGCCUACAAGUUUAGGCUGUCUGCAAACUUAAGGGCUUUCUAAGGGUUUGGUCAAUGUUUCCAUUAUGCCUAAUAUAAAAUGGCAAGUGAAUAAUACCAAAGUUUACCGUCUUUCACACUGCUAUACAAAAACUGUCCAGCUUUUUGUAGAAAUAUGCAAUGCAUGUCCCUGAUUUAGAUUUUUUGUUGUGCUCCAUAUAUGCUUUCCUGUCAUGCAGGUUCGUCUCCUGCCCAACAUUUAUACUGUGUGAACAGAAGUGAAAUUUUUACUUUAAAUUUGCAAUUGUGCUGUGGGAUUAUAAAAUGCAUUAAUUUCUUGGUAAACUCUACCAUAUCACAUGGGAUUAUACCAUCAAAUAAACCUUGCAUAGUUACAUAAAGGUACAUAGGUGGUGUCUCCAAAGCUCAGAAGACCAAAGGCUAAAUUUCCAUCAUAAACCAGGUUCCUUGUUAACCGAUGGCAGAUUCAAUUCAAAUGCAUGUGUUAACCCUUGUGGCAAAGUAAUUUCCAUUACAGGAAAAUGGGCUUCAUAGCUUUGGCCAAUUCAGAAAACUGUACUUCAUAACUUGACCUAUUUCAGGAAGCUCUGUCUAAUUGGCUGUUAAUGACAGCUUCUAUUUAUACCUGUUUCAUUUGGAUGUUAUGAUUGGCCUCUGUCAAAUUCAUCAGUGAAGCGCAGCCAAAUGAAUCAAGGUUAUUACAGUUAUUACAGCACUUUGUGAAUACAGAGUGUGAAACAAUCCCCCUCUGAGCUGGGCAAGUUGUUGGAUGGCAAAUUUAGAUCCUUGAUGUGUCUUAAUAUUCAUACACACAAUGUCCCUUUUAAAAGUUUACCAUGGUAAGAGCAUAGGAAAAUGUAAUAAAGCAUAUAGUAAAAGUAUGGUAAAGCAUUGUGGCAAAGUGGUUGAUUGUGUACAGGUGCGGGAGUGAUGCAGUGCAUAAUUGACAGAGAGGUAGGUUUGAUACAGGUUUAUAAGUGACAGUAGUGCAGUGUUGUUCUGGGUUUUGGGCUGACCCUUGGCGACAGCUCCGGAACGUGUUAGCCAUCUAAUUAUAACAAGAACAAUUAUAGACAAACAAACAAACUUUCUAUCACUGGUUCUCUCAUAGGUCCUUUCAGGUUCAAUCUCACAAACCAAAGCGAAGGAACAGAUUGCGUCUCUCCGUCCUCUUUUAUGCUGUCACACAUGACCCCUUGGUAAAUGAGUGCAGCUGCCCCUCCAGUCCACGACUGCCACAUCGUUUUCCUUCCAGGUCGAUGAGUUAAUGCACCGGAGUUCUGCCCCCUUUUCAGCUGGCCGACUUCCCUUGAACCCUGGGAAAGAACUGCCGUGCCAGCCCGUCCAGGGUACUCUGUUCUCGUUGCUUAGCGUCCUCACAGGUCAGGAGGGAGAUUUACUACCAAGAAUCAUUGUAUUUCUUUCACAAGCAUACAUAAGCAUGUAAAGAAUACUGAGGUAUGGUAAAGAAUAUUAAUAAACAUGGCAAACCAGGGUAAAUUACGUUGAUAACUAGGAGAAAAACAGGGUAAAACUGCAAUAAUACUGUAGAAAAAUGCCACAGUAAACCUAUAAGGGGUGGUUCAUUUAAAUGAGAUUCAUCAAAAAGCCUUGUUUGAAUUAGUGCUUUCAAACUAUUAACAUGGUUUGCAUCUAUGUUAAAUGCAGUUCAUGACAUGUUCCACCAAGAUGGAGCUGUUCAUUAAUAGUGUAGGAGUGAUCGCCUGCAAAUUCUUAAGUAUAAUGACCUCUUGUAUAAUUUAAACAUUUUAAUAUAGAUGAUUUUCGUUAGCUAAAAUAAUAAAACAAAGUUUAAUACAUCAAAGAUUUUUAACUUUGAAAGGUGUAAGAUGUUGUGUGAAAAGCAAGUAUGAAUAUUUAUUGUGGCACAAAAAAUUGAAGAGUAUGAGGGUGUAUUUAGUCAUUAUUUAAAAAGGACGUUGAUAAAUAUAACCUUAUAUAAAUGGUCUUUGAAAAAUGUGUUAAUAUAUGUUUUCUUCAGAUCAAUACAGUGCAGUAUCCGUUAUCUUUUUAUUAUUAUAUUCUUCAAUCAAGUUCAGAAGCUACAGUAACCAUAAUUUAAACUGUGAUUAGGUUAAGGGAGUAAAUUCAUAAAAUAAUUCAGUCUUUGCAGAGACAGAUUCUCUAAUACCAAGUUUACCUAUCUAGCCUUUAUUAUGACUAACUAAGCAGUGGAAUGCUAUGUCACAGCUUUUUAGAUUGCAAUCACAGAUUACACAUUUUAUUUUAAAACAAGUCUUUUGUAUUUCAGUCAUUGAUUCAGUCACACAUCUUCUGGUACAGAAGGCUGUAUUUUUUCAAAGCUGCCUUUACUCUUAGUAACAAAGUUUAUUUCCUUAGGAAUAGGAGGUCAUGAGUUUUUGUUUCUGGUUUAAGUCUUUUAAAUAUAUACAUAGCAGAAUGUUUAAAUGAUAAUAAAAUAUUGUUUAACCCCUAAAAGUGCUCCAUUUAUUCCUCCUUUUAUGUUAAGUUUUUUCCAAAGAUGUUUUGUAGAGCACAGGAUAUUUGCAGUGUUUAUUUUACACAGUACGAGCAGGGACUGCAAGGAAAUGGAUGUUAAAGCACAGACUUUUUUUUGAGCCUGGAGAAUACAGCAGCUAGGACACUCUGUAGCCUGCAUGACAACGAAAGACGAGUUUAAUACUUUGAGACCCCAAGGGAAGCACUUUUCAACACUUUGUUAUCAAAGAAAAAUUGACCAGGCGUUAACCGCUUGAACAAGCCAAUGUAACAAGGGCAGACUAUACCUGGGAAAAUGAACUGUUAAUAUUUAAGACACCAAAAAACUAGCAACGUGAAACUGUUCCAUGGAAAAUGUAUACUGGUAGUAAUAAUAAUAAUAAUAAUAAUAAUAAUAAUAAUAAUAAUAAUAAUAAUAAUUGUGAAAACAUAAAUAUAUAAAUAAUAGAUACUUUGGUAAAAGUCAAAGCAAGGCUUUUAUAUUUUGUAAAUUCAAAGGCAAGAGCAUUUUUUAUACCAGUAUGUUAGAUUAUUCUUCCAGUUGCAUCCUUAUGUAUAUUGGCAUGUUUUUCAUCAAUUCAACAACCUGCACACUUUAUUAUUAUUAUUAUUAUUAUUAUUAUUAUUAUUAUUAUUAUUAUUAUUAUUAUUAUUAUUAAUAAUAAUAAUAAUAAUAAUAAUAAUAAUAAUAAUAAUAAUAAUAAUAAUAAUAAUAAAAACAAACAUUUUCUCAGAUAGUUGUUGUCAUUGUCUACCAUGUUAUAAGAGCUUUGUACUUAAAAAAAAAACUUUUUGUAAGUUUAAAACGAGACUAACAAUUGUGUGUUUUAUCACUUCUCAUUGGAUUGUUUGUCAGAUUUUAUAACUACAUUUAUAUUUCAAUAGUACUGUAUAGUAGUGUUUAAUAGUAGUGUUUAAAGCUGCACUGUCCAAUUCAUCAAUCAGUUUGGCAAAUACAUCACAUCUUGUACUGAUUCAUGAUAUACAGAGAAUUAAGUUAUAUGUGGUGAAUAUUUAAUGGAACUAACCACAUCUGAAGUCCACCUUAAAGAAAUACUAAUCAUUUUAGGUCCACCUUAAACAAAUAGACAUCAUCUUAGGUGUCUUUGUGAGAGGCUUAACAUGUGCAAGUUCAAGAGUUUGCAGGCUAUCAGUCUCAAAUAUACCCAAUCAAUAUAGGUAUAAUUUGCUCACAUGUUUUUGUGGAGGUAGAGAUAGAAAUGUACAUAUAUGCAGUGUGACCACCCCUGAUAUGGAGCAUCUAAUGCACCUUACAAAGUCAGGUGUUGCUGAUUUUCAAAUUAGCAACGACAGCAUGUACUGUAUAAAAGGUCGAGUCACAGAUGAUACAGCUCAGUAAUGACCCCCCUGCCUCCAAGGAGACAGCAGCCUGCCAUUUUUAGCAUCAAGAGAAAUAGGGGAAACAAACAUCCAGAAACAGAUAUUGCAGUGGAAGGACAAAGUCUGCCAGACCGGGUGAACCUAAGAAAAGGGAAACGAGUAGUGAACCAAAUUGUCAAGCCAAACAGGCAUAUUAGCUGGGACAAAUUCCACUAAUUCCCCUAUGUUGUAGAGGGACUAUCCUGACUGCUUUCAAGUGCAAUCCACUGUAAUGGUGGAUUCACAAAAUGUUAAACAUGUAUGGCUGGGUAGUGGUCCAGCACUUUUUCCAGGAUGCUGUAGUAUAUAGACUGUGCAGAUGAUGAAUCUGAAUAACUGUAUAAUGCUGCUAUGCUGGUCAUUUGAUUAGGCUGACUUUGUUUACUGGAUGGCCACAGAAAAUCAGCUGCUUAUCUGCAUUGUUUUCAGUUGAUUUCACCAUAUUCACUAUAAUGUCAUAUCAAUCUGUAAAAAUACUCUUGCGUGGUGUGUAUAUUAUUUAAAUACAGGGUGGUACUGUUGGUCACCUUAAUGUUUUUUUUUUUAUUCUUAUUCUUAUUCUUAUUAUUUAUUUAUUCAGAUAUUUAUAUUGGGUUUAUAUUUGCUUAAGGAUGUCCGGUUCAACUGUGUAGAAUUGAGAUAGAUUUUGAAAUUAAAUAUUUUUUGUACAAUAGAUUUGAGUUCGGUGUGUCUGAAGAGGGGUGGGUUGGCACGAUGACAACAGUAUUGGAAUCCUUUGCCAUGCUUCAUAAUCAGGGCUGAUCUGCUUAGUGAGAAACUUUGGGGAAAUUCAUGACAGGCCAUUUUACUGGGUCUCUGUAACAUACUGUUGGGAUAAGUGGGAUGUUGCAAUGGUAAUUAAAAGA